CACAUACUCACUUUGCUUCUCCCCACGGAACAUCACAAGAUAUAAGUAUGGGUCCAUCACAUACUCUUCCCCAUUCCAACCACCUUCAUUAACUUGACAAGGAUGAGCGUCCUCCGUUUCCCCCGUUCCCUCACCCGUCGUACCUUCUCCAGGCAUUUCUCUUCCAUCGACUUGCAUCCUUCUCAACCUCGUGCUCCAUCUAUAUUGACCUCCGUCCCUGGUCCUAAGUCUCUAGCGUUGUCAGAGGAAAUAGGAAAGUUCCAAGAUCCCAGAGCUCAUUAUUUCGUUGCGGAUUAUGAAAAGUCUUCUGGUAAUUAUAUCGUAGAUGCAGAUGGUAAUAUCCUUUUGGACGUAUUCGCCCAAGUCGCUUCUAUAGCCGUAGGAUACAACUCUCCUCCUUUGUUGGAAUAUGCCAAAUCGGACGAAUUUAUCAAAGCUGCCUUGAAUAGACCAGGUUUAGGAAGUUUCCCUCCUGUCCAAUGGUCAGAAUGGAUAAAUCAAGGUUUGAUGACUGUCGCUCCGAAUGGGUUGGACCAAUUGUGUACUACUUUAUGUGGGACAAGUGCGAAUGAAACAUGCAUGUCUAAUCAUUCUCCCGGUAGCCCAGAUCUCUCUAUACUAUCAUUCAAAGGUGGUUUUCAUGGACGUUUGUUUGCUUCUCUCAGUACGACCAGGAGUAAGGCUCUGCACAAGGUUGACAUCCCUGCGUUCGAUUGGCCCGCAGCACCAUUCCCUCAACUUCUCUACCCCUUAGAAGAACACAUCAAGGAAAAUCAAGAAGAAGAAGAGAAAUGUUUAUUAGAAGUAGAACAAAUAUUGAUACAUCAAAAAUCAACCAAACCAGUCGCAGCAAUGAUAAUAGAACCCAUUCUUUCAGAAGGAGGAGAUCAUCAUGCUUCUCCUUCUUUCUUCCGUUCACUCCGUUCACUCGCGAGGAAACAUUCCGUUUAUUUCAUUGUUGACGAAGUACAAACUGGCGUGGGUGCCACUGGAACUUUUUGGGCUCAUGAGAAAUGGGAAUUGGGAAAAGGACAAGAACCUGAUUUCGUCACGUUUAGUAAGAAGAUGCAAGCUUCUGGUGUUUAUCAUAAAUUGGAAACUAGGGCUAGUAAACCUUAUAGGAAUUAUAACACGUGGAUGGGCGACCCAAUGCGUACUCUUCAAGCUGGUCAAAUCCUCCAAAUCAUCUCAUCUCACAACCUAGUCUCUCACACAUCAACCAUAGGAGCUCUCCUCCAUUCGACUUUAUCUGAGAUAUUCGUCCAUUUCCCACAACUGAUACUCAAUUUCAGAGGAAAGGGAGAAGGUACUUUUUUAUCUUGGGAUAUGCCCGAUACUUCUAUUCGAGAUAAAUUUCUUUUGUUAGUCAGACAGAGAGGUGUACAUAUGGGUGGAUGUGGUGAAAAGACAGUCAGGUUGAGACCAAUGUUGGUAUUUGGGGAAGAAGAGGUAAUCGUCUUGGCUGAUGUUGUUGAAGGGGUUUUGAAGAUGAUGAAGGAGUAG